AUGCCUACUCCCGAGUCCGAGCAAUUCAAGGCCCAGAAGCCUACCGUUGCUCCCACAUUCAACGGCGUCGACUACGAUGAUACCAAGGCUUUCAAGGCUGCCGAGGAUGCUCUCAUCCGGGAACAAUGGGUCGGCGCAAUGAUGACACGACUUGUUGGCGAGGAGCUCAACAAGUGCUAUGUCCGGGAGGGUGUCAACCACCUGGAAAACUGCGGCCACCUCCGAGAGCGCUACUUGCAACUGUUGCAGUCAAACAAGAUCAAGGGCACUAAGUUCUUGCAACAGAACUAUGUCCACCAGAAGGACCAGGAGCUUGAUCUGGCCGCGAAGGUCCACACAAGCAACAAAAUCGCCAACCUCAACAAGGAACGUUUCUCCUCGUAA